CAUUCGUGGAAUCGUACCUUAACGGACGUGUACCCUGUACCCCUCCCGCCUCACAUCGUGAGCCCCCUCCGUAUAGAUUUUUCACAGCUGCAGUGAGCAGUCUGCAGUGCAUUUCUGUGUAACCGAUUUCCAUAGCCAUGCAAACAAGGAACCUGUCUUGUGCCCUCGCUAUGUCGCCCCCCUAAAUUAAUUCAGAAUUCACUCUUCCCCACUUUUACUUCCGAUUCUUUCAAAUGUUCAAGGUACGAUUGGUGGGGUGGCUAAAAAAUGUCAUCUGGAUCUGGAGUGAGGCGAUAUAGCUCCAUGUGGCUGGAGCUGACCAGCCGCCUGACACCAUGCUACGCCUUGGGAACGGCCAUCGUCUGCGGGCACGUGGCUGCCCAACACAGCAGCCCCAUCGCCAUCGUCGCCCUUCCCAUCUCUGCACACACGUGCCUCAUAGCUUGUAUGAAUACCCCGAAAAAACCUCACCAGCUGAAUUACUGGUUAGAGCUUCUCCAUCGGGUGGCCUCCCUCAGUCUGGUCGCCCAGGCCCUGGGCACGACCAUGUCCUACAUGCGCUCCGACGUUUGGAUUGGCAAGAUCCUCAAUACCAAUCUUCCACUAGUGUAUCCACCUUCAGCCUUAGCCACUCUAUCACUCGCCAUGCUAUCUCUUCUCUACUCUCUGGGUCUUGAAAGAUCGAGUAUCAUGCGAUUGCUGAUGGUAAAGUGUGUCAUUUUGCUGACGGUUUGCUUAGCUUUCACAGCAGUUUUGGUACCAGAUGUGACAAAUUAUAAAAAUAAUAUUCCAAACCACGCAGCUCAUGAUUGGUCCGAGGUAGUUAGAGUGGGUGCCAUGCUGGUCUGUAGUCUAAUAAGCACAGGCAGAGUGGCUAGUCACGUGGAUACCAUUGAGGGACGUUCUUCCGUCCAUGCUGGGGCGAUCCUAUUGGCCAUCGUCUCCUACACGCUCAUCUGCAUGUCCUUCUCCAUGCUCAUCAACAUUGACUUGAUAUCAACUGAUGAUGUGGCAGUGGUAAAGAUUUUCGCAAUUCGUGGUGAUCAGGGUCUGUUUCUCGUGGUGUACAGCCUUACCGUUUCCAUUCUGACGCUGACCUUUUCGGAACUCAUGUCGCCAGCCGUUCAUAAUGUCGUUGGCAUCUCUUCGCAAAACUACAUGCUCCCGGUGGUCUUGGCUAAGGAGGCCUCCUUUACUUCUACCCAUGUAUACGCAAUUUUUUUCGUCGGUUGCCUAAGUGCCAUUUUGUGCCUUAUAUGUUCAAUGCAAGUGCUGAUAUGCUUAGUAAGCGGCACUUACCUGCUCAAUCAUGUAGUUUGCGUCAUUGCGUCACUAUGGAGAAGAUAUCAGCCGUCCAUCAGUAUUUCCUCUAAUUAUUGCAACGGCCGAGAGGCAGAGUACCGGCCGCUGAGGACGGAAGGCGACCCGGCACCCGGGAACAGUCUAUCGUCACCGCCGGGUUCCCGGACGGAGCUGAGGGGGUUCCCGAGGGAGGAACCGGGGAGUCCAGGCGAGGAUCAGGACCAACACCAGCUCAUCAGCAUCCACGCGGAUUCGGCGACCGACGGGGACAGCCGCGGGUCCGUGACGUCACUCGGCUCCCAGACCCGGUUUCUCCGGGCCGGCCCCGCCUCGGACUUCCACCCCCACGACAGCAACGACUCCGGCCACAGCUCCGAGACGGACAUCGACGCCGCCGUCGCCCAGUACAAAGAGAUCCUCUUGAUAGAGUCUGCAACCAAUUUUAGUUCAGCGCGGAUUCCAACCUCAGAGACUUGGAAGAAAGCUGUUGCAAGCAUUACCGGAAUAAUAGUGUGCACCGGAAUUUUGGGUGCAAGCAUACAUUACUCGCUAUUUUUUGUUUUCUUCAUCUCGCUCCUUGCAGCAUCUAUUUUCGGCGGGCUUUUGGCAUGCCAGCCUCAGCGACCACGCGUCGAAGGGGAGAUAUUGUGUCCGUUCUGGCUGUCCAUAGCAAACAUCAUAUCUUGUGGCAUUUUGUUGUGUCAAAUAAUCGCAGAUAUCUUUUGGAUCACCUCUAUAUGGCUACUAAUAGGGGGAGGUCUCUUGUGGAAGAUGAGGCAUAUACGGAGGAGGACGAGAAGACGUCGUGAGAGAAUCAAGCUCAUAUCGCCGCCGCUCCAUCGGACCGUUAGGACUUUCGUCACCAGACAACGCACAACCAAUGCAAAUUCCGAGAGCAGCUCUUUACAUCACCAACAAUUAAGCGUUUGAUCCAAACGCACUGAACUGUUUGAUAGCCCUGAGCAGAGGCGUCUUUCCAUCCGCGCUACAGGAAAACCCUGCUUCCUACAGAAAUUUUGGAGUGUAUUAUUGAAGGGCCAAAAAAUGUGAGAGCGCAUUUCGAUGUCCACUUGAGCCCUGUUCUCCGUGUAACUUUUUGUUUUCCAGAGAUCAUGUGGAAAUAAAGAUACGCACCUUUGGUUUGGGUCAGAGACUGGAGAUUGGGUUUCGCUAUGAGCUCGAGGAGACAUCGUGAUCCUUGAAGUAUAACCACAGUUUUGCAGGCGCUUCCCGCGAUUGUUUUUCACGGAGAGUUCAAAGUUUCCGAAAUUUUCUUUGGGAAGGUGAGGUCCCUUUUUACAAAUUCGCGGUCACAAUUGUAUAGCAAUAAAACUCUCUGGCAUUUCCACAAGAGUGAAAAAGAGCUUCGUUUCUUUUUCACUGACUCAAAGAGUUUAACGCAGAAGUAGAAAAGUUGGAGGGGGCGAAACGCGUGAUACAACUAUUCCGACUUCCAAGAAGAUGAAAUUGCAUAUCCACAAAAUGAAGGAAAACAUAAAGUCGUGUCGGCUCUGACUUAGCGACUUUAACGCAAGGGCAGAAAAGUUGGAUGGGGCAAAACGUGUGAGACAACUAUUUCGACUUCAAAUUAGGUAGAGCUGCGUAUUCACAAAAUGAAGGAGAGUCUCGUUUCGUCUGCCCCAGAGACUUAAACUCAGGAGUAGAAAAAUCGGAUGGGGCGAAACGCGUGUUACGACUAUUUCGACUUCCAAGUAGGUAAAAUUGCAUACCCACGAAAUGAAGGAAAACAAUAACUCUUUUCGACUGACUUGGAAACUUUAACACAGGAGCAGAAAAGUUAGAUGGGGCAAAACCGCGCGUUAAUACGACUAUUUCAAACAUUCAAUUAUUUUAAGAUAAAAUUGCAGAUUCACGAUAUGAGGGAAAACAUGGUUUUCUAUAUCAUACCAACUAUUCAGCGCGCUAUUUUUGCGUGAAAAUUACUGCGAACGCUCAAUGGCAGGUGGGCUCAAUCCCCGGUCGCUCAUAAUUGCGCUUAGGCCGAAGAGGUUUCUGCACCCCCGCACAUAUCUCAUUGCAUUGUUUUAAAACCUCUCCAACUUAUGUUUUCAAAGUAGAGCAAUUCAUCAUUAUUUCAUGAUAUUUGUGCAGCAGAAUAUUUUUUAUAACGCCGAAUGAUAAAAAAUUGAAAAAAAAAAAUAAGCAAAUGUAAUUUGAAAAAUCGUCUAAUCAUUAUAGUAAUUCAAGGUUCGUGUAUUAUUGAACCUUUGCCGACGAUUUAUUUUCAGCGAUGGAACUGAUGGAAUACAACGUCUUAGAAUAUCUUGAAAAAUUAAUUGCAUGUCCAAAAAUUCCUUAGAGGGUAUUUGAGUUUUGGGGCUCAGAGGGCCUCCCUCAUGUGUGGCUGCUGCUGUUUCCGAAUUAGGCAAAUAUUCUGCAAAUUAUGCUCAUUCUCUUAUUAAACACAAAUCCCCACGCACCUUACAAUCAUUCAUAGUACUCCAUAGGUUUUUCCCCUUAGAUUUAAACUUUUUUCCCUCCAUUUCUAGAUGAAGACCAGGGCUCAUCAAAAGAUAGGAGGUAUCCAAAAAUCAGGAGUUUACCAGUAAGAAAACAUUAGAAACUUGGCCCUUGAGCAUUGGGCAUAAAAAACAAUAAUAUACGUAAAAUAAAAUAAAAAUAUAUAUUUUUUUUUAAUAUGAAUUUAAACUUAAGUAAAUUAAGUAGAAAUGAGGGGCUUGGAGGACAUGGCGCAUGCGUGCAGUUUUUGCUAUUUCGAGGAAUACGUGUUUGAAGUUUCGA